UUGGGGUGAUUGGGCGAGGGUCUAAAGCUAAUUUUAUUGUCAAUUGUCAAAAACGUAGUCACUGGAGCCGUACCUGACGGGUCUUUGGCCGGGGUGACCCUCCCUUGACCUUUCUGGUGCUGAGUGCUGUUGUGAAGGUGAGAAGAUGAAAUUCCAUCUUGGUGACUACGGUUCUAUGUACAUGAUGCUGCUAUGCACUAUAUUGGUGCUCUCAGACCACUAACAUCUAGCCUCAAGCUAGAUACAACUUAAUUGUUGGCAAAAACACUAACUUGGAUGUACACCAGUAUGAUGGCAUCCAGCUAUCCACCACCAUUUGAGGAUCAAGGAGAGAUGAGGGAGGGCUUCCUUUGCCCCUUGUGUUUGAAAGAUCUGCAGUCAUUUUACCAGCUUCAGUCUCAUUAUGAAGAGGAGCAUUCAGGUGAUGACAGAGAUGUUAAAGGACACCUGAAAAGUUUAGUUCAGAAGGCUAGUGCAAUGAGAAGUCACCUUAAUAAUUUCAAGAAACACCGUGCAGCAAGAAUUGAUCGCAGUAUCAUCGAAGUGAACAAAUUAAUAAUCAGGUUAGAAAAGCUUACAUCAUUUGACAGAACGAGUACUGAUUCAGCUAAAGUAAGAGCUAUUGAAAAAUCUGUUGUUCCUUGGGUCAGUGAUCAUGAUGUGCCAUUUUGUCCCGACUGUGGAAACAAAUUCUCCAUCCGAAACAGACGACACCACUGUCGGCUCUGUGGUUCCAUAAUGUGCAGAAAGUGUACAGAGCUUUUGGGCCUCCCCUUUGCACAAAAGCUUACAAGUGCAGCUAAGGAGGUGCUGUCAUUUCAGAGCAGUCCACACCACUCUCCUAACAGCAGUCAGCUUUCUCGCCGUGGAAGUGUCAGCAGUUUAAGCAGCGUGAGUUCUGUUUUAGAGGAGAAAGAAGAUGACAGAAUCCGUUGUUGUCGGCACUGCAUGAGCAUCUUGCUUAAACGGGAACGGCAGAUUGAUGAAAAAGAUCAUAUCCCUGAUAUUGUGAAACUGUAUGAGAAACUACGACUCUGUAUGGAAAAGGCUGACCAGAAAGCUCCUGAGUAUAUCAAGAUGGCAGAAUCGUUAAAUGCCGGAGAAACAACUUACCAACUUGAAAAUGCAAGCAGUCUCAGACUGGAAGUACAAAAGCUGUAUGAAUUAAUAGACGCACUAAGCAAGAAGAUCUUGACCUUGGGCAUAAAUGAAGAGCCUAAGCCCCAUCCAAAAUCUCUACAGCUUCAGAGGAUGAUCAGAUAUUCAGCAACACUGUUUGUACAGGAGAAACUUCUUGGUUUGACAUCAUUGCCUACAAAAGAAAAAUAUGAAGAACUGAAAGAAAAAAGGAAACAGGAAAUUGAAAAGAAGUUACAACUAGAAAGACAGGCAGCACAGAAAAGAAAAUUAGAUGAGAAACAGAAAGAUUCGUUUGCAAGACCCAGUACCACUACUAAUGGUGAUUUACCAUCCCGGACAGUUGUAAUAAAAAAGGCAGAGGGCUGGUUACCUUCAUCCACUUUGCCUCAAAGUACAGAGAACUCUGACCCACUUCUACAGCAGAUCUCCAAUAUAAAGUGCUUUAUCAAGCAAGCAAAAGAAGCCAGUCGUACUGAUGAAGUCAAUAUGCUGAAGGAGAACUUGAGACAGCUGCAGGAUGAAUAUGACCAACAACAAACUCAGUUGGCUAUAGAGCUGUCAAAAAAAGAAGCAGAAGAGGAAGCUUUUCAGAGACAGCAGUUUGACGUCCUGCAUGAGCAACAGAAGAGAAUGUCGCUGCACUUAAGAGCCCGAUCUUUAGACUUCCGAGAAGUAAAACAUUGCCAGCAGACAGUAAAAGAAAUGCACAACCAGAUAGCUUACCAGCUUGAUUUAGAUACAACUCAAAGAAAACAUAGCCCAGUCUAUGAAGUACAAUCUCCUAAGUCUGUUGAGCACAAGUCAGGCAAGCAGGUUCCAUUCACUUUUUCAACAAACCAGGAAAGCUAUCAGUCAAGCAAACAAAUCAAAAAAGUGUCAUCCUUAAACCCAUUUGAAGAUGAAGAUGAUUCAUCUAACCCAUUUGCUGAAGAAUCCAGUAGUGCCUCUUUGAUUAAUGAUGUUGCAACUGAGAAAAAGGAUUAUAACCCCUUUGAUGAAGAGGAGGAGGAUCAAGUAGGCAAAACUGAUACUGCCAAAGCACUGAACCCUUUUGAAGGUGCUGAAAGUCCUGUGGACAGUUCACACACAUUUCAGAAUUCUGUAGCACCUUCAAAAGCUGUACUGUCCACUAAUCCUUUUGAUACUGAUACUGACCUUAUUAAUGAGGAGUCCAUUGAAGAAGAACUGCUCUUACAGCAGAUCGACAAUAUCAGAGCUUAUAUCUUUGAUGCCAAAUGUAAUGGACGGAUGGAUGAAGUUGAGCUGCUAACUGCAAACCUGAGAGAACUGCAGCACACACUGGCAGAGCAGAAGCAGAAAACCAUGUAGUACAGUGGUUUGGCCUCAUUUUGUUCCCCCUUUAUCAAAUCAGUCUUUCAUGUUUUUUUUCCAUGGUAACAGAAGUCCAGUACAUCCAUUGUUGAUGGAAUGCUACAAUGGCAUUCUUUUUGUUAAUAUAGUUUAAAUGUAAUAAGCAGGAAAAUUAUUUUUGGAAAACCUGUGGUCUCCACUUUACCCUUUCUUAUUCAGAUACCAGGCAGUCUGCUGACUCAGAUGCAAUGUUUAAAAGCAUGUAACAAGUAGUUUUACAUAUCAGGUUUACUAGACCAAGAGUCUUUAUGGAUGAUAUUGGACUGCUGCUUUAAUAUUUCUUUGUGGUUUGCACUAAAAGACAGUAAUUUUAACAAGUAUUUUUAAUAAGUGGGCUACAGAAUAAUUUAAUACAUUCCAUUGCUAUAAGACUAGAACCAUACACACUUGCAUUAACUUUAAAAAUAUAUGCACUUUCUUUUCUGUACUUUGAAUGUCAGAAUAUGAAAUAUUGAUCAGUGAUACUGACCUUUAAUAUCUAGCUCAUUACUUCUACCAUUUUUGUAGAGUAUACUAAUCCCUACCAAGCUAUCUGUACAUUCAGCAGUGCUCAUGUAAUUUAUAUGACUUUGCAGUAAAACUCUUCCUCCAUUA